AUGGAGAAGAGAAAUGCUACCUCAGAUUUUAUUCUCCUAGGACUCUUUAAGCACACAAGGUCCCAUCUCUUUCUCUUCAUAUUGGUACUGAUUAUAGCCAUUUCUUCCCUGACUGGCAAUGCCCUCAUGAUUCUACUGAUUCACAGGGACCACCGGCUCCACACACCUAUGUACAUUCUCCUGAGCCAACUCUCCCUCAUGGACGUGAUGCUGGUUUUAACCAUUGUGCCCAAAAUGGCAUCUGGUUUCCUAACAGGCAAGAGGUCCAUUUCCCCUGCAGGCUGUGGGUUACAAAUCUUUCUUUUACUCACCAUGGCUGGUGGAGAGUGUUUCCUACUGGCAGCCAUGUCCUAUGACCGUUAUGUGGCUGUGUGUCACCCACUACGAUACCCUAGCCUCAUGAACUGGCAACGGUGCUUGCAAAUGUCUAUGGGGUCUUGGUUCAUGGGAGCAGCUGACGGGAUCUUGCAGGCAGUUACCACCCUGAGUUUCCCUUUCUGCAGUGUACAUGAGAUCAAUCACUUCUUCUGUGAGGCUCCGAUGUUGGUGCGUUUGGCUUGUAGUGACACUUCAGUCUUCGAAUAUGCCAUGUACAUUUGCUGUGUGUUAAUGCUCUUGGUACCUUUCUCCCUCAUUCUGACCUCUUAUAGUUUUAUCCUGACUGCAGUUCUUCACAUGCGUUCUACAGAAGCACUCAAGAAAGCCUUUGCCACAUGUUCGUCACACCUGACUGUGGUGGGACUCUUUUAUGGGGCUGCCAUUUUUAUCUAUAUGAGACCCAAAUCCUACAGAUCAGCUAACCAUGAUAAGGUUGUAUCAGCUUUCUAUACUAUUUUCACCCCUGUGCUGAACCCUCUCAUCUAUAGUCUGAGGAACAAUGAGGUAAAAGCAGCCAUGAAAAGGUUGCUUGGAAACCUUGCUAACUUAAAACUUCAAUAA